CCUGUACUUUUCUGAGAGGUGACCGAAUCACAACACAACUGCCUCCAGUACCCAAUCGACUCAGCCCGUACGAUCCGUCGAAGUUCUAUACCUGAACGAUCCUUUCGAUAACGUCCUAUCACUCGCGUUUCUCACUAAUUGUCGAUUGCCCACCAUGAAUGUUGGAGAGGUUUUGCAGAAUACCUUGUCGCCUGAUGCGAAUAUUCGUGUUGCUGCCACCCAGCACUUGGAGAAUGCUGCUCGGGACCACUGGACCGCAUAUAUGGGGAUGCUUUCCCAAGAACUCGCUAAUGAGCAAUCACCAUCGCAUAUCCGUAACGCCGCUGGUUUGGCAUUGAAGAACGCCCUUACAGCCAGAGAAGUUCAGAGAAGAGAAGAAGCUCAUCAGAAAUGGUUAGCUAUGGGAGCCGGCGAGAAGCAGCAGAUCAAAAACCUCGCCAUCCAAGCACUGCACUCCAACGACAGCAAGGCGGGACAGGUAUCCGCUCAGUUCAUCGCUGCUAUCGCCGCCAUUGAGCUCCCCCAGAACCAAUGGCCUGAGCUCAUGUCUACCCUCGUCCAGAACGUCUCAGAGUCGUCCGGCCCUCACUUGAAGCAGGCGUCCCUUCAGGCCAUUGGUUACAUUUGCGAGUCCGUCGACCGCAACAUCCUACCAGGACAGUCAAACGCUAUUCUUACUGCCGUUGUCCAGGGAGCAAGAAAAGAGGAGCCGAGCAGGGAUGUGCAACUUGCUGCAUUGCACGCUUUGUACGACUCCUUGGAGUUUGUUAGCGAGAACUUUGAGAGAGAAGGCGAGAGAAACUACAUCAUGCAGGUUGUAUGCGAGGCUACUCAAAACACCGACGUUCAGAUUCAGGAGGCUGCGUUUGCCUGUCUUGUCCGUAUUAUGCAGCUUUACUACGACAAGAUGAGGUUCUACAUGGAGAAGGCUUUGUUCGGACUUACUGUGCUCGGUAUGAAGUCUAACGAGGAGAAGGUUGCAUUGCAGGCUAUCGAGUUCUGGAGCACUGUGUGUGAGGAGGAGAUUGAGGUUAACUUGGAGAACCAGGAGGCUAUGGAGUUGGGUGAGAGACCAGACCGUGAGUGCUACAACUUUGCCAAGGUUGCUCUGCCAGAGGUUUUGCCUGUGUUGCUCCAGCUUUUGUGCACCCAGAGCGAGGACGACGACGAUGAGGACUGGAACCGCGCUAUGGCUUCCGCAACCUGUUUGCAGCACCUUGCUCAGACCGUGGAGGGUGUCAUCGUUGGGCCCGUGCUCGGUUUCAUCGAGAGCAACAUCCGUGCUGAGAACUGGAAGCAGAGGGAGGCCGCCGUCAUGGCUUUCGGCUCUAUCCUUGAGGGCCCUGAGAUCAAGAUGCUUGAGAACCUCGUUCAGCAGGCUUUGCCUGUCCUCAUCUCUAUGAUGGCUGACCCCGUCGUUCAAGUUAAGGACACCACCGCAUGGACUUUGGGUCGUGUUUCCGACAUGGUCAUUUCGGCUAUCUCCCCUGAGGUUCACCUUCCUGGUAUGAUGGCUUCUUUGAUCAGUGGUUUGGGAGACAACCCUCGGAUUGUCGCCAACUGCUGUUGGGCUAUUAUGAACCUUUCUGAGCAGCUUGGCGGUGAUGCUUACGAGUCUCAGACCUCCGUCAUGAGCGCAUACUAUGAGAACCUUAUCGCAGCUCUGCUGCACGUCACUGAGCGACCUGGUAACGAGAACAACUCCAGAACCUCCGCAUACGAGGCUUUAGGUACUUUGGUUCAGCACUCUGCCAUGGAUGUGCUACCAAUGGUUGCAAAUGUUGCUGGUAUCGUUCUUCAGCGUCUUGAAACAACUGUCGCUAUGCAGAACCAGAUCUUGGGUAUGGAUGACCGAACGGCGCAUGAGGAGUUGCAGAGCAACCUUUGCGGUGUCUUGACUAGCGUGGUCCGCCGUCUCAGCGGUGAAGUCAGACCUCAGGCUGACAGGAUCAUGACCGUGUUGCUCCAAUUGACUUCCAACGCCGGAAACCAGUCCAUCAUCCACGAGGAUGUCUUCUUGGCUAUCGGUGCUCUCACCCAGGCCCUCGAAGAUGCCUUCGCCGUUUACCUCGACACUUUCAUCCCCUUCCUCAGCAAGGCUCUCGCUAACCACGAGGAGUACCAGCUUUGCUCUAUCGCCGUUGGGUUGAUUGGUGAUAUCUCUCGUGCAUUGAGCGACAAGGUCGCUCCUUACUGUGACCAGUUCAUGAAUGCGCUCCUUGUCAACCUUCAGUCUCCUGUUCUCCACCGCAACGUCAAGCCCGCGAUUCUUUCCUGCUUCGGAGACAUCGCUCUUGCUAUCGGUGCUGACUUCCAGAAGUACCUCGAGGUUGUCAUGCAGGUUCUUCAGCAGGCUUCCGGCAUGCAGGCAAGCCCCGAUGAUGGCUUCGACAUGAUCGACUACGUCAACCAGCUCCGUGAGGGUAUCGUUGAGGCCUACGUCGGCAUUGUCCAGGCCUUCAAGGGUACUGGUAAGGCCGACAUCUUGUUGCCUUACGUGCAGCACGUCUUUGGCUUCUUGUCUGUCGUCCACGGCGACCAGGAGAAGACUGAGGGCUUGACGAGGUCCAUGAUCGGUUUGAUCGGUGAUUUGGCUGAGACCUUUCCCAACGGCCAGCUCAAGACGCUCCUCCUCCAGGACUGGAUUACUGACUGUCUCAAGCAGGGCAGAUCCAAGGCCGGCUACCAGCAGUCAACAAAGGAGACUGCUCGGUGGGCUAGAGAGAUGGUCAACCAGGCACGAAAGUGA